AUGCAGUACAAGAAUUUGGGUAGAUCGGGACUCAAGGUCAGCCAGCUUUCUUAUGGGGCCUGGGUCAGCUUCGGUAACCAACUCGAUGUCAAAGAAGCCAAGUCUCUUAUGCAAUGUUGCAGGGACCACGGCGUUAACUUCUUCGAUAACGCCGAAGUCUACGCCAAUGGCCGCGCCGAGGAGAUCAUGGGCCAAGCGAUCAGGGAGUUGGGAUGGAAGCGCUCCGAUAUCGUCGUCUCCACAAAGAUCUUCUGGGGCGGACCCGGUCCCAACGAUAAGGGCCUCUCCAGGAAGCACAUCGUAGAAAGCACCAAGGCCUCGCUUAAGAGGCUUGAUAUGGAUUACCUGGAUGUCAUUUAUUGCCACAG